AAAUCCCCCAUCAAGUUUAAUCAAUAUUUUACUAUUGCUCAACGAAGUUUUUUCUAAUCUCUUAUCUGCUGUAUGGCUUAUGCUCACAGAUUACCCUUAUCACUUUUUAUUUUUGCAUCACUCGUGCGUUUCCACAAAAUUUCACUUUAAAACUAAAUUCCUGUUUAUUUAGAAGUUGAAGUAAACAAAGUAUACAAUUCUCUCUCUCAGUGCGGAUAGUUGGAAAAGUUGAAAAAAAUGUCGGUAGAAUGGUUAAAUGAAUCUUUAUUCGAAGAUAUUUUGAAGAAAGAAUAUAAGGAAUAUCAAGUGAUAAGUUUUGUGGUGAAAGAUGCCGUGCCCAAGGGAGAAAACUAUGCGUCAAUGAUAAAACGAGUUAGCAUCGGACUGAAAUUAACAGAUUCCACAGAAACCAUUAAAAACUACAUCAUCAAAUCUGACAAGUCUAGUGAAUUUUCCAGCUAUGUCAACGGAACUCUUUAUCCGAAGGAACGCCUAAUGUUCGAAAAGUUUAUACCACGAUUUGAGUCUCUCUUCAAAGAAACUCCAGAAAAAGCUCAGUUCGCCCCAAUAUGCUAUAAAACCAUGGAUGACAUUCACACCUUCAUACUGGACGAUCUCCAAUCUAAAAAUUUCGUUCACACGAAAAGGCAACAGGGAAUGGAUCUACAACAUGCCGAAGCAACUCUGGCUAAACUUGCUCAGUUCCACGCCGCUUCUAGAUGUAUUUUUGAACUUGAAGGACCUUAUCCGGAUAUCUUUGAUGAAGGAUUAUAUAAGGAAGAGUUGGUGCCCAUUUACGAGAAUAUGUUUCAAAACAUUUGGCCAAUUAUUUAUAAGGAUAUGACAAAGUGGACGGAUUGUAAGGAAUAUGUAGACAAAUUGGCGAUCCAGAAACCCCACAUGAUCCACCUUCUAAUGGAAUCACUGACUUACGAUCCAUCAGAAUUCAACGUCCUUAACCAUGGAGACUUAUGGUCUAAUAAUAUUAUGUUUCAGUACAAGGACGACGGGUCAAUGAACGAAGUACUUUUUAUCGACUUCCAACUUUGUAAAUGGGGUUCACCAGUUCAGGACCUUCUGCAUUUUAUCAUUACUUCGUGUAACCCAGAUAUAAGAGUAUCGAAAUUCGAUUACCUGAUCUCGCAUUAUCACAAACACUUAACGGAAAGCCUUAAUUUGCUGAACUUCAAGGGUAAAAUUCCAGAACUAGAUGACCUUCAUGCACAACUAAAAAAACGAGGAUAUUAUGGAGUAAAUACUUCGUUAUCAAUUCUACCAGCUGUUCUCAUGGAGCCUGGCGAGAAAACACUCCAACAGUCACUCAAAAUAUAUUCAAAUCCAAAAUAUCGUGAAGCGAUGAAGGACCUUCUACAAUGGUUUUCGGUGAGAGGCUUGCUAGACAUAUAGGAGUAGACAAAAAAAUUUCUAAAUUUUGUGUUAUGUGAUAUUUAACAAUAAAACCACUCUUUAAAUUUG